AUGUAUGAACCAGAUUAUGCAGGCUGUGAAGCUGAGAUUGUACAAAAUGUGCUUUUGGAACUACAAUUUCUCAUUAAUUUUCUUCAUUUUAUUGAACUCGUUAUCUCUAAAGAAGCCUGUGAUUCAGGCUUCUUUAGAAUUGGAGAUAUGAAAGAGUGUCACCCAUGGAUAACUUGUAGUGAUAUAAAGGACAUGGCAAUAGGGGAUCUUCUUGGCUUUGGUGCUGUGAAGCAGAUUUACCAGUCAUCAUGGAGGAAUCAGGCUGCUGUGGCAUAUGUUUACAUUAACAACAGAGACUAUUUGGAAGAUUUCAAGGCAGGUUUAGAUUUUCUGAAAGGCAUUGGUGCUAGUAGGUUUCUGAUUCAGUUAUUGGGCUUUUGUGAGGAAGCUCAUGUAUACAUAACAGAGUAUCAUUCCUUAGGCAAUGCUCUAAACAUGCAUAAGGUAUUUAGUGAGAGAAAUAUUGUUGGCCUAAAAGAGAGAUUUCAUUUAUGUAUAGACUAUGUUAGUAUACUAGACUUUUUACACAACAGUCCUCUAGGCACAAGAGUAAUGUGUGAUUCGAAUACACUGAAUAAAACCCUAGAGCAGUAUCUGAUAACUUCCUCCCUCAGCCUGAUUUUGAACGAUGUUGAUGCUUUACCGCAAGUGGGACGUGAAGGCAUUAUUUGUGGACACAGGGAGAUCAGGGGAGACUUUGUGGCACCGGAACAGAAAUGGCCAUACGAUGGAGAGAAAUUCACGGAAGGUCGAAUGCCCCCUUAUAGUGAAAAGGUUGACAUUUGGAAAAUUCCUGCUGUGUGCAAUCACUUUUUAGGGAAGAGUGAGGAGGCGAGAAUAUUCCGAUACCAUGUCUUUCCAACUCACAAAAAAUGUCGGGAGAAGAGGCCACAGGCUAGGCCAUCAGCAAGAGAGGUUUUACAGUUGUAUGAGGAUCUUUUCCAAGGGUAUUUCAAUGAAAGCCCUUACGGUACUAAAGAAGAAUUAUAG